AUGGAUUUCCUAAGUGGAAAAGCGCAGGAGAAGUGGAACGAGGUUCGAAAUAAGUUUCAUAAGCAACGGGAUGACCGCAGCCACGGUCUGCCUGAUAUUGAUGGUCCGAUCACGGUUCAAGACGUAUAUAGGUACCGGAGGCAAAGAGGAGUAAAUCUCGGUUCAUGGUUCACACUGGAACGCUGGAUUAGCGAUGCUCCGUUCCGGUGCGCGCAACAUCCGGCCGUUAGUGACUAUGACGUAGCAAGGGGUACAAAUGCGAAGGAAAUCCUGGAGCACCACUGGGAUACCUGGAUUACAGAACCUGACUGGCUUUGGCUAUCGGAGCAUGGAAUAAAUACUGUCCGCAUACCCGUUGGAUUCUACCACGUCUGCGGAGCCGAACGUUCCGUUCUUGAGGGGACGAGUUUUGCAGACCUGGAGAACGUAUUCUCUGGUGCCUGGACUCGCAUUCUCAACGCUAUAGACUCAGCAUCGAGACUCGGUAUCGGCGUUUUGAUAGAUUUACAUGCAGCGGCCGGUAAGCAGAACGCCGAUGCACAUAGCGGCCAAACUGGAUCUGUACAUUUCUUUGAGCGCAAAAAUAUGAUACGGACACAACAUGCACUGUGGGUCCUUGCAAGGGAAUUGCAUGAGAAGAAUAAUGUUGUCGGCAUUCAGCUAUUGAAUGAGCCACAGGACCACCAUGCGCUUGCAGAGUGGUAUACUACUACGCUAGACGAGCUGCGACGAAUUGCGCCAACGUUGCCUCUGUAUAUCCAUGACGCUUGGGAUACUGAUAAAUAUGCUGCUUUCGCCGGAGCACGCGCUGAAUCCGAUUUUGUGGUAGUCGACCAUCAUUUAUACCGCUGCUUUACGAGUUCCGAUCAAGCACUAUCUGGGGAUGAACACGCAAACGUGUUACGUACACAUAUGGACGGCGAGCUCGCUGCGCGGGCCAGUGCAUGUCGCGGAAAUAUCGUCAUCGCCGAGUUCAGCGCUGCACUCAACCCGGCGUCGCUGCGUUCGGACGAGGCGGGCGAACAGGACCGACAGCGGCGCGUUUUUGCCCGUGCGGAACUUGGCAUCUUUGAGCGACAUUGCGCCGGCUGGUACUUCUGGACGUACAAGAAGGAUAGCUGGGACGCCGGAUGGUCCCUGCGCGACACCAUUGUUGCGGAGAUUAUGCCAUCAUGGUUUGGAAUUCGGAAGGUAUCGGGCGCAGAGAUCGCCGACGAUCCGGCGGGAAGAGAUAUGGCCAAGGAGAAGGCGCUGCACGAACACACGGCUUAUUGGGACCAGUACCAAGGUCACUAUGAACACUGGCGUUUUGAGGAAGGCUUCACUAGAGGAUGGGAUGACGCAUAUGAAUUCUUCUCUUUUGAUCUAGGCUCGUCCAUAUCAGAACUGGGGUUCAAGGGCCAAUGGGCAAAGAGAAGGGCUUUCACACAUGCCAAAGAGAAGGGACACAGUGGAAAUAUAUGGGAAUUUGAGCACGGUUUAUCUCAAGGUAUUGACGCUGCAAGGAAGGCCUUAGAAGAGAUCUACUAA